CUGGUAAAUCUGGGAGGGGGUGUGGCUUGCCAGGUGUGGUGUGACAUCAAGCAAAUACCUGCAAACUGACAGAUGACUGUGGACGGGGGAGGACGGAUGGAAAAUUACAUUUAAAUCUUUUCAGUCGGGUGGAGGACAAAUUAAGUAACCCGUGCUGAGAGUGACUUUCACUCAACAUAACAAAAAAUUUGUGCAUGCAGAGGGGACAGAUGGACCAAAAAAGGGUGGCUGAUACCCCGGAGAUUGAACUGUUUGUCAAGGCCAGCAGUGAUGCCGAGAGUGUGGGCAAUUGUCCUUUCUGUCAGAGACUCUUCAUGAUUCUCUGGUUAAAGGGAGCCAUCUUUAAGAUCACCACCGUGGACAUGAAGCGAGCACCGCACGUGCUGAAGACCUUGGCUCCGGGUUCUCAGCCUCCCUUCCUGCUGUACAACGGCGAGCUCAAAACAGACACCAAUAAGAUUGAGGAGUUCCUGGAGGAGAAAUUAGCGCCGCCACAGUACGCAAAACUGGGCUGUCGAUACAAGGAGUCCACCUCCAUUGGAGAAGACAUCUUCCGGAAAUUCUCAGCAUACAUAAAGAAUCCCAACACUGGAUUGAAUGACAUGCUGCAGAAGAAAUUCUUAUCAACGCUGGUGAAGCUCAACAUGUACUUGGAGACACCGCUCACUCAUGAGCUGGACCAGAACCCGCAUGCCACAGAGUCUUGUCGUCCCUACCUGGACGGGGACACGCUGACUUUGGCUGACUGCAACCUGCUUCCCAAACUCAACAUUGUUAAGGUGGUGUGUAAGAAGUAUCGCGACUUUGACAUCCCUGCAGAGCUGAAGGGUCUCACACGUUACCUGGACAACGCCUCCAAAAAAGACGAGUUUCGCUUCACCUGCCCCAAUGACGCAGAGAUCCUCAUCGCGUACCAAUCUGUGGCAAAAUAUCUGAAUGCAAAAUAGACGCACCGGGAAAGAAUUGUAACGUAUUGAGUGCUUUGUUGAUUGCAAUAACAUGUGAUAAAACAUCUUGUAUGCUGCAUUGACUUAUCGAUUUAUUCCAAGAGCGUGGAAUCAGUUAAUGCCCAAUGACUUUAUGUAUUAUUAGAAUAUUUUUGUAUGCAUCUGCUUGGUAUAAGGUGCAAUGAAAGAAUAACAUGUUAAUGUUAAUGUACUCAUCAGUAUAUGCUUUAGGUUUUACGGCAUCUUUUGUUUACUAAUAUGUACAUACUGUAUCUUUGUCAUAAUCCAUCCUCGCGUAUUUGUUUUAAAUAGGUUAUUUCUGUCAGAGUCAGAGGGGAAAAACACUGUGUGUUUCCUUUGUUUUCUUUCCAAAUAACUUAAUAAAAAUGAAAUGC